AUGAUGGAUGACUCAUAUUUAGACGUGACAGCCGACUAUGUCGACGAUUGUAAAAUAACUCAAAAAAGUUACCAUUCGUUCACACCGUAUUCAAGCACCGCUCUAUCAUACAAUGAGGAAAUUAGAAUUAAUGUUCAAAACAUGGAUUCUUACACUUUACCGUGUGACAGUUAUAUUUUCAUUGAGGGGAAAAUAAAUAAACCUUCCGAUGCAGUUGGAGAAGUUCGAUUUUCGAAUAACGGACUGGCAUUUUUAUUCUACGAGUUGCGAUAUGAAAUAAACGAAAUAGAAAUACAGAAAUUGAAAUCACCGGGAGUUGCGUCUUGUUUGAAAGCAUACUGCUCGUACACUCCAAACGACUUGAAGACAUUAGAUAACGUGGCUUGGGACUCGGCGAUGGAUAGUGAAGAUAAUAAAAAUUUUAUGACCAAUAAUAUAUUUUCCGGAUGUAUUCCAUUAAAACAUGUAUUCGGAUUUUGUGAAGAUUAUAAAAAAAUAUUACUCAAUUGCAAUCAGCAACUGAUUUUGAAUCGCGCAUCUACCGACCUUGGUGCGAUACAUGUUGUGGGCGAAGGCGCAACCGCUGCCGUCGAUAAAAAUAAAAAAAAUACAAUUGAACUGACAAAGGUGGAAAAUGCCAAUUAUCAGAGUGAAACCUGGGAUCUAUGCGAGUAUCCCGUGCUCCCUAGAAACACUUCUCAUUCGUGGACUGUUAAGUCUAGCAGCUUGCUCGAAAAACCAAGAUUUGUGUUGUUUGGACAACAAACAGAUCGGAAAAAAAAUAUCGGAAACGAUGCUGGUCGGUUUGAUCAUUGUCAACUGAAAAAUCUCAAGGUACACUUAAACUCUGAAGUGUAUCCAUAUGAAGACUUUCGAGCUGAUUUUAAAAAUAAUACCACCAGCAUACUCUACAAAGCUUAUACAGACAUUCAAAAAUCGUAUUACGAAAGAGAUAAUUGUGAACCGUUGUUAUCAAAACAUAUUUUUCAAAACUAUGUGCCAAUCGUCGUUGUCGAUUUGCCGUAUCGGAAUGAUAACGUUAAAUCAUCGACCGUAGACCUACGAAUAGACUUUGAAACGGAGACAGUUAUUCCAGAAAAGACAUCGGCUUAUUGUUUAAUAGUACAUGAUCAGAUUAUAACUUACAAUCCGUUUAGUGGAGAUGUUAGAAAAUUGUAA